UUCCGGUGAAUAACGCUUCCUCUGACAAAUGAGAAUUCACCACGUUUGGCAAAUAACGGACCGGUUAUUGACGAUCAAGAAUCUAGAUUUAUCUAGAACACUUGAUUUGCAUGUUGAAAAAAUAAUCCAAAAAUAUUAGAUCUUAUAAUAUAUUAGAUCUAUUUCGUUUGCAAUAUCUAGAUCGAGUAGAUCUAGUUUAGUAGUUAAUUGAUCGGCCAUAGCAUUAGGUUAGGCUAAACUCAUUAAACUCACUGUUAGACUGUUACUUACUGUACUUGUUAGACUUGUACUUGUAGUCUGUAGAGUGUAGAUUUUCUGUACAGUUAACUGUAGACUGUAGUCACUUUAACUCUAUUAAAUAAAAGGCUUAGCCUGGCUUGUGUUGUAAAGUCAAAGUUCAAGGUGUCUGGUUAGAGAUGAAGAUCAUUUUUAGUUUUUCCCUCUUGGUUAUAUGUUUGUUUUCGCUCAACUUCUUUAUGGCUUCUGCUGAUUUUGAGGAUGAAGAGGAGGAUAUUGAUGAUGGUGUGGUAGAGGUGGAAGAAGAAGAAAUGAGAUUUCCUAAAGAAAGGCCUGAGUAUGAGAGGCCAAUACCUAAUGGUGACACCUACUUUUACGAACCAUUUGAUACAAGAGCUGAAUUUUUGAAAAAAUGGGUGCAAUCUCAGGCUAAGAAAGAUGGUGCUGAUGAUCAUCUUGCCAAAUAUGAUGGUAAGUGGGUGAUAGAAGAGGCUAAAGAAAAUCCAAUUUUGAGAGACUUAGGCUUAAUCUUGAAGUCAAAAGCAAAGCAUCAUGCUAUCUCAGCCAAGUUAGAUAAACCAUUUGAAUUUGAUGGAAAGCCUUUAAUUGUCCAGUAUGAAGUAAAGUUCCAGAAUGGCAUUGAGUGCGGAGGUGCCUAUGUUAAGCUGUUGUCUAAAACAGGACAGUUAAAUCUGAAAGCAUUUACUGACAAAACACCUUAUACCAUUAUGUUUGGCCCUGACAAGUGUGGCAAUGACUAUAAGCUUCAUUUUAUCUUUCGGCACAUGAAUCCUAAGACUGGAGUAUAUGAAGAGAAGCAUGCAGAGAAACCAACAGCUAAGCUUGAAAGUUUUUUCACUGACAAAAAGACUCAUCUUUAUACCUUAACUGUAAACCCAGACAACACAUUUGAAAUCAAAGUAGACAAUGGACUGGUGUCUUCAGGAGAUCUUCUCACUAACUUUAGCCCUCCUGUUAAUCCACCUAAAGAGAUAGAAGAUCCUAAUGACAAGAAACCUGCUGAAUGGGAUGAUAGAGAAAAGAUUCCUGAUCCUGAUGCUAAGAAACCUGAUGACUGGGAUGAAUCUGAACCAGCGACAAUAGUGGAUGAGGAUGCUGUAAUGCCUGAUGGUUGGUUGCUUGAGGAAGAAGUCUACAUUCCUGAUCCAUCAGCUGUCAAACCUGAAGAUUGGGAUGAUGAAAUGGAUGGAGAAUGGGAAGCCCCUCGAAUUGACAAUCCUAAAUGCAAAGAUGCUCCAGGCUGUGGGCAGUGGGAGAAACCCACUAUUCCUAAUCCUAAAUACAAAGGUACCUGGAGGCCUCCCAUGAUAGAGAAUCCUAACUAUAAAGGUGAAUGGAAGCCCAGAACAAUUGCCAAUCCUGACUACUUUGAAGACAAGACUCCCUACAAAAUGACACCAAUUGAAGCUAUUGGUCUAGAGUUGUGGUCCAUGAGUGAUGAUAUUCUGUUUGAUAACUUCCUUAUUGCUGACAAUCAGAGUGUAGUAGAUCAUUUCACCUCCAUAACUUGGGAAGUUAAGAGUAUACAAGAGAGAAGUGCUGCAUCUACAGGGAGUUGGUGGCAGGCUAUAAAGAGCUCAACUGAGGAGCGUCCAUGGCUCUGGGCUGUCUAUGUUGUAGUACUCCUGCUACCAGUAGUACUGUUAGCCAUCUGCCUUUGUCCAAAAUCUGGUCCUGUGAAGCCUGAGGACAUUGAUGCUCACAGGAAGAAGUUUGAUGAUGCCACUCCUGAUGUGAUUGAUGAAGCUGAAGAAAGUGGGGCCAAAGAGGAAGAGGAGGAGGAGGAAGAAGAGGAGAGCAAGAGUGGAGCUGGGGAUGGCACAGUGGCAGAAGGUGGUGAGGAAACUGUGGAGGCUGGUGCUGCUGGAGAUGGCAGCUCUCCAGUGGAGGAGUCUGGUGAAGGCAGUGUUGAAGGGGAAGCUCAAGGAUCUCCCAAGAAAUCGAAUAGUCCUAGGAAACGAAGGAACAGAAAAGAAUAAUGUGUGAAUGCCAUUGAGAGACAAUUUGGCGUGUAGAUGUCAGUCCCAUCCUUCAUUCAUCUAGAGUAGACACAAGCACUUCACACAUUAUCAUCAUUUGGUUUGUUACACACUUAAAAGAAAAGAAAGAACAAUGCAUUAAUAAGAACAUAUAGCAUGGGAGUAUGUGGUGUAGUAGUAGCUGUAUGGGCAGUCCGAGGGAAAACAAACAUUGACUGGGAACCAGAAAGGAAUUAUUUUUUUUUAGCUUUUUGUUUUAAACAUAUUACUAAAUUUAUUAAACAAGUUAUCUCAUGUUUAUUUAAAUGAUAUAAUCUGUGUUUUUCCUAUUGUACACGGGUGUGUAUGUAUUUAUAUGUGAAGACCCAUGCUAUAUCUGUUUUGAAAUUGUGAACUUAACAUUAUCUUAUUCAGUCUUUUUUUUUUUUUUUUUUUUUAACAUUGACUUUUUGUGUAUGUGCAUAUGUUCUGAUGAAUGCAAUGUCACAGAAUAUCAUUCAGAUCAAUGUUUUAUUUUGUUGAUAUUAGAAGCUCAAGAAAAGAAUUCUUCAUAAUAGUAGUGGAAACACAAUGUAAGCAUCAAAACAAACAAUGAAAAAUCAUUGAAAUCUAAUGUAGAAUAUUGUACUUGUUGCUGGGUCAGACGUCUUUUCUUGAUGCUCAAUUUAGAUAAAGUGCAUUGUGCUUUACUUAUUUUGUGACAUUUUGACUGUGUGAUUGCUAGUUGCAUAUUUAAUUGGUGCUGUGAUUGCAUUUUUAUACAGAGUGAAUGAAAAAUGUUUUUUUUUUCUCUUUCUGUUGUGAUACCUAGUUUCCAUGUGCAGAUAACUGUGUAGUUAGUAGACAAAUGUAUGUGUGGAUGUCCUAUUUUGAUAUGGCUGCUUUGUCCUGGCCACUGACACAGCACAUAAUGUCAGCCUCAUCAGCAAUGCUGUGAUACAAAAAAACAAAAAACAAAUUGCUUUGCACCAUCAUUUUUAUUUAUCAUUUGUCAUAUUUUUUGGUACCUUCUUGUUCAAAAUGACAUACACUUCAAUGUAUUCCUCAAUAAUUAAGUAUUGUGUUUGAUCACUAGCCAAGUGUUUGGUGUACAUGGGUUCUAUAUCUAUAGUUGUCAUUGCAGACUGUGUGUGUGUGUUUGGAAUAGCCAGAAAUUUAAUUUCAAUUUUGUUACUCAAUGUCACUUGUAAUUAUAUUCUUAGUCAGUUUCAUGCCAUUCAGAUUUCAUUUUUUUUAAAAACAUCUUUAUUUGUGAUGAGAAUCCUAAAAAAUUAAAAUUAAUUUUUAAAAUUCUUUUGUUAUUCCUAUAUGAUGUAAUUAUUUUUCUGUUACGUUUGUAACAUUGUUUCAGAAAAAAAAAGAUUUGAUUUUGUUCAUUUCAAAAGAAUUAAAGAUUUUUGUUCAUUUUUUUAAAAACAAUUUUAUUGAAUUUGUCAGAGAUAAAUAAAUUAUUCUUUUUUUUUUCUAGUUUUACAUAAGUUACAAUUGGACAAUAGUGUACAAACUCAUUAAGAAUUGAUAAUGACAGACUUCUGUCAUGUUUUCUGACAUGUUUUAAUCCUAUUGUAGCUCUCUGUUAGAAUGCUUCAGUGCAAGUUGGUAGUCAAAAUUCUUUUAUUUUUAUUUUAAAUAAAUUGAAAAUGCAUAAUCUAAUUCAGUUUUACUUUCAUAUAAAAAUAAUACAUAUACAUUUUAUUGUAGAAAAAAAACUAGUUGCAUUUCUCAAACAUUUAGCUUGUUCAGUUAAAAUAUGUAAUUUUAUUGAGAAAGAUAUAUAUAAAAAGAUCAUAUUUACACCAGCAUGUUUGGUCUAUGUGCCAGCAUAUAAUCCAAACCAUGAAUAUUUACAAGUUCAGUUGAAAUCAGAAUUUUUCUAAAUGAAUAUUUGCUGCCAUCAGAGCCAUCAGAAGAACAUUGUGUCUACAAUAACAAAACAUCUUUAAAAAAAUAUUUGUUUCAACACACUAAAUGCAUUAAGAAAUAAUAAUAAAAAAAAAUCUUCAUUGGGGUGGCCCUUAAUUUUCUUUUUUGAAAGAACAUUGUAAUUUAAGAUUUGAUGGCAUCUUACAACUUUUUUAACAACUUACUAAUAGUUUUCUGUUACUGGCAAAUUUUUAAAGAAAAUUGUGUGUACACAUUUAUGGAAAUUAAGCAAUAAUUUAUAAACUUGAAAACUAAGGGUCAUCCCUAUGUACAUAGUCAUGAUUUAGUAUAGGGGUAAUAUUACAUGAAAUCUCUUAAUGGUUAAAAGCUUAAUGCAUGCUAUAACAUUUAAAUGAAAUUAAAGAAACUUUGCAAACAGAAAGCAAACCUAUUUUAAAAAUGUAAUUAAACUAAGGCAGAAUCCAUAAAAAGUACCUUAAAGUCAAACAACUAACCCAAAAGACAGCUGUAGAGUGAAUACAUAAAUAAAGUGAUAUCUGAAGACAACAACAAAAACUUAUGGUCACAUUAAAUCUAAAAAAAUUAAAACAACAGGAGUAAUUCCCAUUAGAGGUGAAGAUAACUUAACACAUAAUGAUAAUGAAAUUAAAGCUAACAUUCUUUAAAAAUAUUUUGCAUCAGCAUUCUCAGGAGACAAAGACAUAUUAAUAUAUUUAAACCAGUAGAAAACAUAGCAGAUAUAAAUGUACAAGAAAAAGGAAUCCAAAAACUAUGCUAGCAAAAAAAAAAAGCUUUUGGACCUGAUUGUAUUAGAGCUAGAUUGCUCAAAGAACUAAUUCAAAAUUCUUUAUCAGGCAUCACUAAAUCAGCAAAUAGUACCGAGUGACUGGAAAGAAGCUAAUGUCACUUAUUUGAAAAAGAAAAAUCUGAUCCAGGAAACUACAGCACAGUAUCACUCACCAGCAUCACAUGUAAAAUUCUAGAUCACAUUAUAUGUAGAAACACCAUAAAUCACUUAGAUCAACAUAAUGUCCUCACUCCUUACCAACAUGGCUUUAGGAAAAAUAGGUCAUGUUAAACUCAACUAUUAGGAUUAAUUGAUGAUUUUUUAAAGGGAUUAGAUAUUAGUGAACAAAUAGACUUAACUUUUGCGAAUGGGAUAUAAGGCAAAGGGUGCCCCCUUCAGACUUGGCGAGUCAAAGAUUGAAGAGUUGGAUAAGUUCACAUACAUUGGUAGCAUCAUAACAAAUGAUGGGGAUGUCUACCGCAAUGCAGUGUGCUGAACAGGAAAGGCAUGGAGCAUUUUCCAAAGGCUGCAGCCUAUUUGGACAAGCCAAUCCAUUGGACUCGAGACAAAAAUACACCUAUUCAACAUCAUCAUCAUCCCAACAGCAACAUAAGCAUGUCAGACAUGGAAGUCAUGUCAAAAUUGAGAAAAGACUGAAUGCGGCUCAACAAAAAUGGGUGAGGAGUCAGUUACAUAGAUUGAUAAUC